AUGGCUCGUACUUCUUCCAGCUCUCUUCGCUCGUCAUCGGCAGGGGAUGAAGGGCGCCAGGUCUCAGAGCUUGUUAGCACCAAGCCUACUAAGGGACGUCCCGUGGCUACGUCUACCCCAGCUCGCGUGAACGCGUCCUUGGAGGUUGGCCGCAACAUCUUGCAGAAAUUGACGCAGGCAAGAGCGUCCAAGAAGAACGCCGGUGGAUUCAACGCGGUGGCUUUGACUGCAGUCAAAGAGAGGCUGAACUUACCCGAGGUCAACGAGCAAGUGGAGAAGUUGAUGUCCUCGGAGUCGACCGACAAUAGGGACAAGAUCGCGUCCACACUCGCGGAGAUGUUGGAGAAGGACAAUGCCGUAUUCACCGAAGAGCUCGAGGCCUACAACCUCGACCUUUCCGUGGUCAUCAAGCAGGCUACCGAAAGCGUCGAAAGCUCUCCAGAUUUUUCUCGGUAUCUGCAUAAAACACCAUCUGAGACAUCCGCUGAUUCACACUCUCCCGACCGCUCGCGUCAGGUAUCGCAUAACCGCCCCCGCCAUCGUUCACUUUCCUCAUCUAGCACGGAUGUUUUCUUGGGUCGAGUGGAGUCUCUCGCCAUCGAUUCGGCCAAACAGAUCAGAGAGUUGCGAGAGCAAUUGAAAGCGGAGACAGCAGAGAAAGUGGAAUUCUCGCGGCUCUAUCAGCAAUCUCAGGGCGCCUUAGCUGAAAAGCAGGGUUUAGAGCGGAUAUGGGAAGAAAGGAAGGCGGAUUGGGAGGAAAGAAAGGCGACUUGGGCGGAGGAGAGGGCAACAUGGGCGAAAGUUGAGCAGAGACUGGAACAACUCGCAGAUGGGUACAGACAAGAUAAGGCCGACUACAAGCAGGACAAGGAGAAGUGGGAGACUCGGUACGCGGAAGACAAGGCCGAGUGGCAGCAACAGGCGAAGAAGUGGGAGAACCGAUACGAGAACGAAUUACAAAAGCGGGAGGCGCUCGAGGAGGAAUUGAAGGCCUUGAAGGAGAGGCUUCGUCCCAGCGCGUAA